AGCCCCCCCCCCCCCAAUGGCUUGGGCGAAAACAAAAACCAGGGGCAGGAAGUGCUAACUGGAGGGUGCUGAUGGCUUGUCUCCUGCUCUGUUUUUUGAGGAACCCGCAUGAGCCCGAAAGCAAAGACCGCGUGGAGACCCUCAGGCCUCACAUGAUGGGUAGCGGCGGUGGCGGGGGCGAGAAAGACCGGGACGAGAACCGGGACGCCAAGCCGCGGUCGCUGCGCUUCACCUGGAGCAUGAAGACGACCAGCUCCAUGGAGCCCAACGAGAUGAUGAAGGAGAUCCGGAAGGUGCUGGAUGCGAACAGUUGCCAGUGCGAGCUGCAGGAAAA